UAUGGAUUUGGCGUGCGUCAACAGAUUUUUGCUCCUCUUCUGGGCCAUGGCAUGUUCACCGGGGACGGUGCUGCCUGGAAGCAUUCUCGAGAGCUCCUCAGAAAGCAGUUCGGCCGCGCUCAAUACCGAAGGCUCAAUCAUUGCCAGGAGCAUGUCGACAACUUGCUAGCAAGCAUUCCGCAGUCAGGUGUGGUUGAGCGACAGCCGUUGUUCUCUAGCCUUCCGCUCGAUAGAACA